AAUGCUUCCACACACUUCACCGACUCCUCCCCAGUCCCCACACAGUUCGCAUCCGAGUUCACACUUGACAGGGCCGAGCUGCGAACUCGAGCUCGAGCACCACCCCUUCCGCUGCUCCCGAAUCCCAAACCCUAAACCCCUCGGGCUCAGAUGCCAACGCCGGCGUCCGCUGCGGCGGCGCUGCUGGUGAUCCUCGCGGCGGCGCUUCGCCUCGCGACGGCGAAGACGACGAUCGAGCCGUGCUCGGGCGCGGACGCGUGCCCGGCGCUCCUGGGGUACACGCUCUACGCGGAAAUGAAGGUCUCCGAGGUGGCCGCGCUCUUCGCCGCCGACCCAGCUGCGCUGCUUGCGGCCAACGCGCUAGGCUUCGCCUCCCCGGGCGCGGCCAACCGCAUCCUCCCUGCGGGGACGCCCCUCCGCGUGCCCACCCGCUGCGCCUGCGCCGACGGCGUCCGCAAGUCCGUCGCCGUCCGCUACGCCGUGCGCACCGCCGACACGCUCGCCUCCGUCGCCGACUUCGUCUUCGCCGGGCUCGCGUCCGCCGACCAGAUCCGCACCGCCAAUGGGCUCGCCGAAGAGGACCCCGACGCGCCGCUCGACCCUAGCCUGACGCUCGUCAUCCCCCUCCCCUGCGUCUGCUUCAACUCCACUGACAACAACCUCCCCGCCGUGUACCUCUCCUAUGUCGUGCGGGUCGGGGACACCGUGCAAUCCAUCGCUGCGAGCCACGCCACCACCGUCACUGAUAUCAGCAAUGUGAACGCCAUGGGGAGCCCCAUUGUCGCGCCUGGCGACAUCCUUGCCAUCCCAUUGCCUGCUUGUGCAUCGGCAUUUCCUAACUCUGCUUCGGACUAUGGAUUGCUUGUGGCAAACGGGACAUAUGCGCUAACUGCUGGUAACUGUGUGGAGUGCAGUUGUGGGCCAGUGAAUCUCAAUUUGUACUGCACGCCAGCUUCAUUAACAGCAUCAUGUUCAAGUAUGCAGUGCUCCAAUAGCAGCCUAAUGCUUGGUAAUAUGACUGCACAACCCACCAGUGGUGGCUGCAGUGUUUCGUCUUGCAGCUAUGGUGGCUAUGUUAACGGAACCAUUGCAACAUCGCUAUCCUCUGGUCUUCAACCCACAUGCCCAGGACCACAUAAAUUUCCCCCUCUCAUGGAGCUGCCUACUGCACCAAACCAUGGGCCAUUUUCUCCAUCACCUGCACCAGGACCUGGAGAGGCAGGUGGUGCUAUUCCUGGCUCAUUGCCUGGAGGAUCCAAUGUUUCUCCUGCAAACGGCCCUGCCAGAAGUGUCUCGCAAGUGUCUUUGAUGAAUCAACCACACUGUAUCCUCCUUUUCAUUCUUUUUCUAGUGUUGUAGUUGGCUGUACUUGUAUUGAACGGGAAGCCUCAUUUGGCCAUUUGGUGUAACCCUCUCCUCCCCCCAUUGUCUGGUAAAACUUUCAGUAGGUUUUGGCAUUCUACAGGUUUGCUUGUGAAGAAGCCACACCAAAAAUCAGGAUCCAUCUCUCAAGGGUUUGAAGGCACUGGUACGGGAUGGAGAUGGCGAGGGCAUGUUCCUGAUGGGAGCUAGCCCACAUAGGGCACAAAGCUUAUUGCCGAGUGAAGCUGCUAGGGUCAAAGCCACCGUGUACUGAAAGACAGCGUCUGAAGGUGACCAUAGCUGAAAUCCCAAUCCCAUUACAUCCCAAUAAUGGAGGCAUGUCACAUCCUGAAGGUGAUGUUUAUCACGAACGGUGAGUAAGCCAGUGCUCGUCCAUCUCACAGCGCUUCUGCUGCCGUGUUGCUUUGUCACGAUGAUCCCAUCCCGAAUUAAUUUGCAUUGUCCCAUGAACUCAUUUUGGGGAUCCUUACAGCGAUUUCCACAUGGCUGAACCGCCGAACCCUGUUUGAACAUGCUAGACGCCGGAAUCGCGUUAUCUGUUAUGGACUACCUUUAUGAUGAGCACUUUUCCUUUCCGGCGCUAGAAUCUCAUACAGCUAGCCCAUAUAUACUGCUAAACUUUUCAUAAAGUAUGCCUGUCAUAUUGAACGUCCUUUCUUAGUUGGUUUCAUCCUCGUAUACCUUUUCAUGAAGUAUGUCCGGUACAGGCAUACCUUCAUUUUGGGUCAACUUCGAUUUUGUUUUUCGGUUUCACAUUUUCAUUUACGAAGGCUACUGUUUUUCAUUCAUUCAAGUAAGGGUCACAAACCGCUGAAACCGAAAUAACGUAACAAUGACUCAAAUAAAAAGUAGGGACGUUCCCUUGGCGAGCCAGGACAUAUUUGUCCCCAUCACUUUACAUGG